AGCACUUGACUUUGAUAUAAGUUACAAAGCAUUAUUUUAAUUUAUUGCAUGUCAAGUGAAGCCUCGCGCGUUGACAAGUUGUCAGCGCGAUCUACGUAAUAAUUUUCUAUUUACACUUAGGACUUUAGCAUUAAGAAAUAAAAAUAACGAUCUAAAACGAGAGACAUUUAAAAAUUAUUUAUAAGAUGAAUAUGACUUUUGAUUGUCAUCGUCUUGUUGACUUUAUUUAUGAAAAAUUGAGUUAAAUAAUUAUUUAACUCUUGAGUAACAGAUACGGAAGAAGAAUCGAUCUAGUUUAACGAUACAUUUCUUUGAAUGCAGUCAUUAUUCGUCGCCGUUGUUGUCCACUGAGUAUUGACUUUAAUAAAUAUAUAUAGAAUAGAUAAUUAAUAAUAAUUUUAAUAAAAAUUAAAAAUGACUCCCCCAGCGUGGAUAACAGCACAAUUUAUAGAAAAUGUGCUGAAAAAAGCAGAUAAAAAUGAUUCAAUUUCAGUUUCCGAUAUUUUGGUAAAUAUCGCGACUAACAAAGGUGAUAAUUAUACUAGUGACAUGUAUCGGGUUCAUUUUGAAUCAACGCGAAAUGAAGCUGGCAGAAAAAUACAUAGAAAAAGUUCACUUAUUGUUAAAGUUGCUUUUACUACUGAACAAAUACACAAAGAAUUAAUCGAGGAUGCCAAUAUCUGUGACAACGAAAUAAAUAUGAUGACGUCAACUUUGAAAGAGAUGGAAUCAGCAUUAAAGGAUACAAAGUUAUGCGGCCGAUGUUAUUAUACUCAAGAGAAAAAUCCCCCGAUUCUAGUUCUCGAAGAUUUGGCGCCCUUGGGAUUUAUCAUGGUUGAUCGUCAAGCACGUCUUGAUCUCCAACACUCGAUUCUGGCGAUACACAGAUUAGCUAAGUUUCAUGCAAGCUCCGUACUGGUUUGUGAAAAUAAACCUAAAUAUAAAAAUUUCUAUACCAAAGGAAUGUUUUCCGUUGGAUUUCCGCCUGAAUUAGCAAAAUUUUUCACAAAUGGAACGAUAGCUGUUGCAAAAGUAGCCGAGUCCUGGCCAGAAUUGAGUAAAGAUUGCAAAGAAAAACUUAGAAAAUUAGGAGAUAGAGGUUAUGUCAAAGCAUGUGAAAUAGGAAAUUUGAGAGAAUCUGAAUUCAAUGUAAUAAAUCACGGCGACUAUUGGAUAAACAAUAUGUUAUUCAAAUACGAUGACAAAGGCAAUGUGAUUGACCAUAUUUUUGUGGAUUUUCAACUUUGUGUUUACGGAACGCCUGCACUAGAUCUUCAGUAUUUCUUCAAUACAAGUCCUUCUGAAGAAGUAUUGAUACUUUACAAAAAUUAUCUCAUUGAAGAAUACGUUAAAGUUCUUUCUACAACAAUGAUAAAUAUUGGGUGUAAAACCUGUCCCCCUAGUCUCAAUUAUAUACAAAAAGUAUUGAGUGAAAGAAAUUUCAUUGGUUUCGUAGUAUCCAGUGUUUGUCUCCCGCUACAACUAAUUGAUAAAAGCCAGGCACAAGGUCUAGAUGAAAUAAUGAGCAGUGAUGAUGCUGAAUUCAAUCCUAAUGCAUAUAAAAAUGAAGCCUAUAAAAAAAUAAUGAUACGGAGGCUCCAAGAGUGGACUGCUCUCGGAUUAUUUGAUUAAUAAUUAUCGGAAUUUGAUUAUAUGCUACAACAGAACCGACGCUAAAAAUAUAUCGUUAAUUUACUCGGCAAAUAAAAAAAAUGAUAUAAUAUUAGCUUUAGAAAUAAUUUUAAUUAUAAAAACUUCUAAAAUAAAACAAUUAAAAAUC